AGGAUGGAUCUAUGCGACGACCCUGCGAACACGCAUAUCACCGCAAUGCUAGAGGUCCCGGGCAUGAAACCCGAGCAGCUCUCUGUACGCAUAGAGGGUGGCCGCCUUAUCCCGACGCAAAACGCGUCUUCCGAACCUGAGACGUCUACGCCACAACCGCUGUAUCCCGUGCAGGAGCUCAAAUAUGGCAAGUUCAGGCGCGAGAUUGACUUGCCUGUUGGGGUCAACGCCAGUGAUAUCCGCAGUUCCCUCGUGGAGGGCAUGCUUACAAUCCAGUGGCCCCGCAACCCC